AUUGUUUGGGGAUUUUUAAGAUAGGAAAAAUGAAAGUAGAUCAUGACUAACUUUCGUUUACACCCGUCAAGGCUCAUUCCGUGCUAUUCUGCAGCACUCAAAAAUAUUUUAAAGAAGAAUCUUCAUUACAGCAACGAAAACGUUGUCCCAGAUGAUCACAAAUUGCUAGCUUCGAAAAUAUGGCAUUAUUUGAUUCUUGGACAUAAGGUCACAAAGAGUGAUGUUAUAAUGGUGCUUGGAAAUCAUGAUUUACGAACUGCUCAACACGGUGCAGAAUUAUGGCUUCAAGAAAUGGCACCAUGGAUUUUGUUCUCGGGAAAAGAAGGUGCAAAUACAAUAGGAAAAUGGACAGAACCUGAGGCCAAAGUCUUUAAAAAUGUUGCAGUGUCUUUGGGUGUCAACAGAAACAGGAUUUUGUUAGAACCUAAUGCUACGAAUACUGGGGAGAAUGUAAAGUUUUCGUAUGAAGUCCUUCAGCACAUGAACUUAUUACCAAAAGACAAGAUCAUCCUGGUUCAAAUGCCAUAUAUGGAGAGAAGGACCUAUGCUACAUUUAUGAAGCAAUGGCCAGGUUUCUGUGAAUCUCCUGAUUUACAAGUUAUGAUGACAUCUCCACCGAUUCCAAUGCUUAAUUAUCCCAAUACAGAGGUGGGAUCAUUGCGAGAUGUUAUCAGUGCUAUGAUGGGGUGCCUGUACAGAAUACAGAGUUAUCCACAAAAAGGUUUUCAAAUAAAACAGGCUGUACCAGAUAGUGUUCUACAGAGUUACCAAAAGUUGCUCAGCACAAAUAUGUAUAAUGAUCACAUUCAUACAAAAUGAAUAUUCAGACUUGUUGUAUUGAAAUAUUAAUCAGCAACAAUGGAAUCCACUUUAAAAUACACUCUUCGUGUAGUGAGACAUACAUGGAUACUGGUAUUCAAUUUGCAAAUAAUUUGAUUUUGUACUGUAUCAAACUGUACACUACGGUAGUAUACCGGUCCCCAAUAGCACGUGACUGUGCAUGAGCAGUUAUUCCCCUUGUCGUUGCUCUAUCUUUCAAUAUGUUAAAUUAAAAUAUAAAUAUAAAAAAUUC